CGUUAUCAUCGACACCCGACCCAUACAGAGAAAGCUCCAGUAACUAGUGUCAUUGUUAUCACAAAACAAUUGAGAAGUGAGGAAAAACACACACCCAACUGAAGCGAGAGAAAUGGUGAGGGGCAACUUUUUGGCGAUGAAAACUGAUCAUGUGAGCCAGGACAUUAUAAAUUCAGACAUGAAUGAGCUUAAAAUGGCUGCCACGAAUCUGAUUGCGGAUGCUACCAGGCUUGGUGGCCUUGGCUUCGGGACUUCUUUUCUUAAAUGGGUCGCUACCUUCGCUGCUAUUUAUCUGCUGAUAUUGGAUCGAACACACUGGAGGACAAACAUGUUGACUGGGCUCCUAGUACCUUACAUUUUUUUCAGUUUUCCUUGGGGUUUGUUCAACUUCUUUAGGGGGGAAGUGGGAAAAUGGAUUGCUUUCAUAGCAGUUGUUUUAAGGCUUUUCUUCCCAAGACAUUUCCCAGACUGGCUUGAGAUGCCUGGGUCCUUGAUUCUUCUGCUGGUGGUUGCUCCCGGUUUCUUUGCCUACACAGUAAAGGAUAGCUGGGUUGGGGUUGCAAUAUGUCUUGUAAUUGGUUGUUACCUGCUGCAAGAGCAUAUUCGGGCAUCUGGAGGAUUUAGAAAUUCCUUCACAGAACGCCAUGGUAUCUCAAACACUCUUGGCAUCAUCCUUCUGUUGGUGUAUCCAGUGUGGUCUUUAGUUCUGCAUAUUGUGUAAAGCAUGUUGAGGCAUGCAUCCAUCAAAUUUUCCAAUCUACUUGUCUAGUCGUCAUGUCUGAACAGAUUUCUUGAAAUAAAGAAUAAAGUAUCUGUAAAAUAGUACUCUCA